GUGUCCGUGGGCGGCCAUGUUUGAUGUGGGCAAGCUGCCAUACGAGAAUCAGUGCAGGAGGCUGGUCUGUCAGAGGAGAUGAGACGGGUCUGAGGACCGGAGAGAAUGGACAAGCUUGUAAACUGCUUCCACAGACGGCCAGACGCCAUCACCAGAUUAAUAUGUUUCCCCUGGGCUGGAGGAGGCUCCUUGUUUAAUGCUCAGUGGGGCCGGCUGUUUGAUGACUCCGUGGAAGUGUACUCCCUCAGACUUCCCGGAAGAGAGUCUCGUUCCCGAGAGCCAUUUCCUCACAGCUUAGACCAGUUAGCGGAUGAAAUUACAGAUGUGUUGCUACCAUUGCUGCGUGAGAAGCGGUUUGCAUUUUUCGGCCACAGUUUUGGGUCAUUGAGCAGUUUUGCCACAGCAAUAAGACUGAAGGAGAACCAUGGACUGGAGCCCAUUCAUCUAUUUGUGUCCGGAGCAUCUGCCCCUCACUCACCUCUUCGAUACUCGCCUCAGAAGAGAUCAGAGCUGAGCGAUGAGGAGUUCUUGAAAUGGAUGGCUUCAACGCAGGGAACGCCACCCGAGCUUCUGCAGAACAAAGAGGCCAUGCAGCUCUUCUUACCACCGCUGAAAGCCGAUCUGAAACUCGCAGAGAACUUUGUCUAUGAGAAGCCACCUGCUCCUGUCCUUUCCUGUGGCCUGACAUGUUUUGAUGGAACUGAAGAUGUUCCUCAUGAUUUAGCUGCUUGGAAGGAUCUGACAAGUGGAGAUUUCAGUAUUCACAUGCUGCCCGGAGGCCAUUUCUACCUGAAGGACUCUACAAAUGAGAAGUCCCUUGUACAAUACAUUUCCAGAUAUAUAGAAGCUGCUGAGAUCGACUAUUUCUAAAGUAUUGUUUCCUCUGGUGGUAUAAAAAGGUUCAGCUUCUCCAUGUACAAUGCUCUUCCAACACUGAUCGGGGUACAGCCAUGUAUAUCCGUUAGCUGGCCGCUGUCUAUAACCUGUAUGACUCUACAAGCUGUGACGUUUUUCCUUCAAGGGUCACUAAAGGAAAAAAAAUGUUUUGCUGAAAUGACUGUUUACAGGGUAUAGAGACAUAAAAGUUAACUG